AUGUCUGCCGCCGAGCGCCGUGCUCAGAGAAGAAGAAAAAACAUACUGGAAAACUCAGAGAGUCGCCUUCAGAGAAUUCUAGGCAGUCGCUCAAGCCAUCCUGACACUUCACAAUCUAAUCUUGCAACAAAUGGAAAUGUUUCCAAUUCUUCCUCCGCAAGAAAUGCAGAUAAUUCCAGCAAGAAUAUACUGUCAAUCGAUACGGAAGCAGGUGAUAGUACAACUGGAGAAAAUAAGGUUUUGCCGGGGCAAAAAAACCAAGGAGACCAAACUUCUGAUACAUUUUCAGUAGAGGAAAGUAUUUGUGUAUCACUGGACUCAAAAGCUAACGAGAAUUCCCCUCUAGACAGCAAGGUACAACGUGUACCUAAAGUUACAACAGCUCGAUCAUCAGAAAACAAUUUUCCUUCAACACCAGCUGUUGAUAAGACACUAGGUGAUGAAUGUUCCGGCUUCAAUACUGCCAUUUUGACUCGAACUGUUUUUGUUGUCAUACUGGCUUUCUCUUUGGUGAUCAGGUGGACUUACGUGAACUCAGAAGUUUUAUUCCCUAGAAAGGGUGAUAACAGCCGCAAUGAUGUUUCUAAUGAGGCUGUAUUGGUCCAGUCAGAGUCCAUGAUAUGGCCAUUUGUAGCCUUGCAGCUACUGUUUGUUUGUCUACCAAGCUUCAGACAGACAUCCAAAUCUGCCUUUAUUUCCUUGCUUACUGUUGCCUUGCAACUUUGUGGAAUUCCAGUAGAAUUUACCCACAGAAUCAAUUCCAUUUUUACUGCCCUUCUGGCUGUUCUAAAGGACUUUGGAGUGUUUUUUUUCUCUGUGGUUGUUUUUCAUUACUUGGUGGAUUACAGCAUAAGUACUGGACUUCUGAAGUAUGCAAUGGAGACCUGAACAAGUAUUUUGAAGUUUCCUUCAGAACUUUGCUCUAAUAAAAGUUUUACAUCAACUUACUUCAUUUCAAAUGUAGAGAAGUUUUUAGCAAGCUGUUUAGUUCUCUUUUGUUGGGAAUUGUUGUAUAUUCCACCAUGUGAAGUGCAAAUUGGCAGUGUAGCCUCUGAAAAAAUAAUUAUUUCUGAAUAAUGCUAAAUCAUGAGUAACUUGAUCUGGAAUGGUGCAUUAAAAACGCUUGUGAUCAGUGUAUGCUGCAGAACACAUGUAGGCUAGCAAGUGCAAAGAAAUGUGUGAAACAUUUUUCAAAUAAUUAAGAAAGUUGGACAAAUAAAAUUGUGAGUCCCUCUU